AAUAGUUUUUUUAAUAAUAAAUUUAUACACUUUCAUGAGUUCAUUCUCUUUGAAUACACCUUCAAUUUAAACGUUUAUACUUUUUAUUGAUGAAAGAAGAAAUACAGAAAUACUAAAAUUUUAUAUCCUACUUGCUAUUGUUUUUCACCUUCUAGUUAAUAUUAAGAACCUGGCACUUAAUUUCACCUUUUUUUUGACACGAUACGUCCUUCUUAUCGAUUCCCAUUAAUCCAUGGCUAGAAAAAACAACCUAAGCGUGACCUAGUUUUACAAAUUCGAUCGCCCACCCAACAAACGUUAAGCUUUGUCCUUUCAAGGAUCUGUCAGUAACAUUCAAGCUUUCGUUGAAAACACAAAGUGCAAAGAUGGCACCUAAGCUAUACAUCAUGCAGGUUAGUCCUCCCUGUAGGGCUGUUAUGAUGGUUGCCAAGGCCAUCGGUCUUGAACUUGACAUCGAGGAGGUCGAAAGGGAAGCUUUGAAGACGCCCGAGAUGCUGGAGCUGAACCCCCAACACACCGUUCCUAUUUUAGUAGACGAGGAUUUUGUUGUUUGGGAUAGUCAUGCUAUUGCAGGGUAUCUGGUAGGUCAGUACGCCGAGGACGACACCCUUUAUCCUAAAGGCGAUAUUCGCAAACGGGCGAUUAUUGAUCAGAGGCUGCACUUCGAAAAUGGGGUACUCUACGAGAGAUGUCGCGCUGUUGCCCAUAUUCUUUUUUCUGGUAUUGGUGACAUUUCUGAGGAUGACCGCGACAAAUUGCUUGAAGCUUACGGCUUCUUGGAAGAGUUCCUCAAUGGCCAUCCUUGGCUUGCUGGCGACGAAAUGACAGUAGCUGACCUUAGCGUCCUUGCGACUUUGGCGUCUGCCGACCUCUUUAUCCCUGUAGAGGCAGAUCGCUUUCCUCAAUUAUUCGAUUGGUUGAAAACCGGAAAGGAGUUGCCGUUUUUCGACGAAUGUAAUGCUGAAGGCUUGGCAAAGUUCAAGGAGAUGCUCCCAACUCCCGAAUCGUAAUUUUGUCAUGAAUGCUAGUCACAAUAAACCAAUUUCAAUAAUCAACAAGUACACUCUCGAGAAUGUUUAUUAUUUAAAGUCUACAUAAAAACAAGCAAUAACAUUCAAAAAAGUAGAUUAUUAGUAUGUGAUUGGUCCAGGUCAGCCCUCCAAAGCCGCCGCGAUUUGGUUUCUGAUUUUGUCGAGACCGUUUUUGUUGGCGGCGUAAUAGGGGAGAGCUUGCAUUUUCUUUAUCCACGCGGUGAUUUUGGGGUAUUUUUUUGCGUCGAUGGGCACAAUAAUAUCAAUGGUUGACACUGUGGCAACUAAACUGAAGUCGGCGAUGGUCAUUUGCCCUAACGCUACGAAGGUGUUGACUGUCAAGAAUUUCUCCAAAAAGUCGUAACGUUCAAUAAUUUCAUCCACUUGUUCUUGGGGGGCGCUUUUCUUACCUCCAUGGAGGAUCCCUUUCUGCAAAAAAGGACAAUUAUUUUCCAGUUUUUUUCGCAAUAACAACCUACUAUAAUUCUGGAACUGAGCAGCGCGAAUUCGGUGUCAAAGUGCAGUUUUUGGUUGACUUUGGCUCUUUCUUGCAUAUCGGUAGGAUAGAGCGAGUCAUCGAUUCCUCCAUACUUGUCUACCAAAUACCCAUUGAUCACGUGACUGUCCCAGACGACAAAAUCGUCGUCAUCUUGCAAAGUGGGUACGGUAUGUUGAGGAUUGAUCUGAAAUACACGUUAGCGUGAGACUAAGUUGAAAUUUGUUUCCAUAAUUUGAUUUGACACUGUGCCAAGUCAAAGUGUUCGACGCACGGUGCUACUUAAUGAAUGAUAUUUUUUGCUUAAAGCCAAUUUACUCAAUUAUAAAUAACACUGUGAAAUUUAAUUCUUUAGCACUCAACGUAAUGUUUUAUUUGGCAUUUUGGCAUAUUAACAACAACAAUGCAGUGUGAUAUAUCUGUUAUUUUUUGUACUGUUUACAAUAUGUGAAAUUCAAACUGUAAACAAACCCAACUUAAAAAUAAACCCGAAAAUUCGUUUACGUCUGAAAUGAUACUACUUCAAAUUUGUCCGAAUCAAUAAAAAUUCGAUAACUAUAAUUAGGAUUAAUUAGGACAUUUUUUGCGUCAGAAUCGUAAUUCUUUCGCUUUUUUUUCAUUUAGAUGUGAUUAAAAAUAGAAGAGAUUCCGUCGACUUUUUAACAUUGCUGCAUUUUUAGUUGCAGCAUGAAAAAGCACCUCGUAAAUCAUCCAGGAUAAACGGAGUAGGGUUUAUUUCGGUAGUAGCGCUAAACCUGUAAAUUAAAUCAUUUAGUGAGUUACAGCUGUGUUAUCAAAAAUUGAAGAGCAGAUGUCGAUUUUUAAAGAGGUGCAAACAAGCUGUUAAGGUAUUGCGUAAAUGCAAAACGAUUUAUGUGAGUUUUAGUUAGGAGAGCGCCAAACUACCUAUCAAAAAUAACAUGUGGACAUCUCGAUUCACAUAAACAUGAGCAGGUGAAAAUAGUGUUUUAACAAGAAGCGACAGAAGUAAAUGUGAAAAUAAAGACAAAAAUAAUAUGUAUAAGCAAUCAAUAAAAAUUCUAUUUUUAAUUCAAUAAGAGUUCUAUUUUUUAGGCAGACGUGGAAUAGGCUUCAUAGAGUGUGAAGAUAUCAUUUUAACACGUUUAAAAACAUUGUUGGGCAAAACUAUGUGUUAACUCUAAAUUGAGACGAAGUUUUGUGUUUUGAUAUAUUUUUAGUAACAGAAAUGUUACUCAUUAUUUCAGAAUGAAAUUACAAAUUAUGUGAUGAUUGUAACUUUUAUUUACGUGUGCCAUACCAGUUUACGUACUUACCACGUCUUAGAGGUACUUGUAGAAAUACUUAAAAUAAAAAAGAUAUUUUUUAAUAUUUGGUCUAAUAACAGCUGUACAAUAAAAAAAAUCAUCAAACUGAACAUUAGGUAUUAUGUCGCAUAAGAUAGUAAAUGUGCGAUACAAGUAAAGGUUUAUGAUGGUUCUUACGGCACAAGAGAAAGGUUUGAAAGAAAUCUACGAUUAACGUUACCAAAAAUGCACUACUUUAAGGCAACUCUGUGUUGCAUGAGUUUUAAAACUACUAAAUUAAAUAACAUAUCAUAGCAGCCACUUUUUGAAGGUUUACCUUUUCCACUCGUACAUACCUAAAUUAUAAACCUUUACAUUGUUGUUACGAAAAAGUAUUACACUCGUAUUUUUUUGUUAAUAUUUUAUUUUCAGCUAGUUUCAAGAAAAUUAAAGAAUUGAAACAUA